UCCUGAUAACCCUAGUUAUGCAGCUGGAUGUUAUUAAUAUUAUAAUAAAGUGGCACCUCGCAUCGACCGCAAUGCCAUGGUGGACAUCAAAGUGCGAGCUGGCCACAACUUUGAACUGGACGUGCCAGUGAUCGGCGAGCCACCUCCAAUCAAGAACUGGAGUCUUAAGGACAACAUGGUCCUCAACAGUGAUCGCAUCAAGGUGAUCAACGAGGACUACAACACAAAGUUGCGUGUGGUGGACGCCAAGAGGUCUGAUUCAGGCACAUACACGUUGGUAGCCAAGAAUAUAAAAAAACCGCCACUGUCAACAUUUCAGUACUGGGUUAGUGUUAUAUAAUCUGUAUAGUUAACAUAUCUAACGCCCAAGUUUUGAAUAAUUUAACAUCCUUUAUAACUGAUUAAAUCUAAACGAUAAUCAGUUUUGCAACAUGUUUGCCUCAGGUGAAAUUGAUAUUUUAUACACAAUAAACUCGAUCACAGCUGUUGCAAAAAAUUAUCUUCUGACUCAUCAUGGGGUGGUUCUCGAGUGUGAUUUCAUAAUAUUUCAUUUAUAUCAGUCAUAACUUAGAAAGUUCAUUUUUCUGUCAUUAAAUAUUAAAAGAUGUUUUAUUGUGGAAGGCUUUGAGACACAUCAAAGAACCCUCAGUGUCUUUCUUGAUCUUAAAAGCAUUUGAUACUGUUAAUCGUGAUAUAUUGCCACACAAUCUGGAAGGCUGUGGUGUACGGGGACAGGAUACCAGUGGCUUCACUCAUACUUGAGCAGCAGAAGUCAAUGUGUUCAGGUCCAGAAUGCAGUAUUAAGUGUAAGUAGUAUUAGUCCAGGGAUAUGUUUUUUAGUCCUGUGGAUAGGGUUAUGUCUAAGACCUCUCGUCUAGUUCUGGUAAUGAAGAUGGGACUGGACCCUCUAUUUUCUAAGACUAAAUCAUUACAGAACAUAAACUGUUGGAGUUCCUGAUCUCUUGGGUGUAUGUUGUGCUUCCCCAGUAGGUAUGGUGAGCAUUGCAUUCACAGCCAAGAAUGAGGGCUGAACCUGUAUGUCUUCAGCUCUGCAAUAGCCUUUCUACUUCUUUUGGUGGGCAGCUUGUUGAUUUGUUCAUUUAAUUGGACAGACCUUUCUAAGUCAAGUUCGUUUUUCUAGAAGAAUUCUUUUUCUUCCAACUCUUCGGCUAGAGACACUCUGUAUCCCCUCCAGUUAGUAGAUUUAGGGGCUCUGUAGGUCACGUUUUUCUCCCCUAUCUCCUCUAUGUCGAACCUAAUGGGGCAGUGGUCGGAUUGUGAGGUCUCCUUUGAGACGUGACACCUUACAAUUCUAUAUGUUUUUGAGUCCUGUGGAUAGAGUUAUGUCUAGGACCUCUCAUCUAGUUCUGGUAAUGAAGAUGGGACUGGACCCUCUAUUUUCUAAGACUAAAUCAUUACAGAACAUAAACUGUUGGAGGUCUUGAUCUCUUGGGUGUAUGUUGUGCUUCCCCAGUAGGUAUGGUGAGCAUUGCAUUCACAGCCAAGAAUGAGGGCUGAACCUGUAUGUCUUCAGCUCUGCAAUAGCCUUUCUACUUCUUUUGGUGGGCAGCUUGUUGAUUUGUUCAUUUAAUUGGACAGACCUUUCUAAGUCAAGUUCGUUUUUCUAGAAGAAUUCUUUUUCUUCCAACUCUUCGGCUAGAGACACUCUGUAUCCCCUCCAGUUAGUAGAUUUAGGGUCUCUGUAGGUCACGUUUUUCUCCCCUAUCUCCUCUAUGUCGAACCUAAUGGGGCAGUGGUCGGAUUGUGAGGUCUCCUUUGAGACAAUUUUCUAUGUUUUCGAGUCCUGUGGAUAGGGUUAUGUCUAGGACCUCUCGUCUAGUUCUGGUAAUGAAGAUGGGACUGUACCCUCUAUUUUCUAAGACUAAAUCAUUAUAGAACAUAAACUGUUGGAGGUCUUGAUCUCUUGGGUGUAUGUUGUGCUUCCCCAGUAGGUAUGGUGAGCAUUGCAUUCACAGCCAAGAAUGAGGGCUGAACCUGUAUGUCUUCAGCUCUGCAAUAGCCUUUCUACUUCUUUUGGUGGGCAGCUUGUUGAAUUGUUCAUUUAAUUGGACAGACCUUUCUAAGUUAAGUUCGUUUUUCUAGAAGGAUUCAUUUUCUUCCAACUCUUCGGCUAGAGACACUCUGUAUCCCCUCCAGUUAGUAGAUUUAGGGGCUCUGUAGGUCAC